GGCUGGAGGAUGUAAAGGCUCUCCUGCAGCCAGAGGAGGAGGAGGAGGAUGAAGCUGUGUGUCCGUCAGCGUGGAGCUGAUCUCAGUUCAGUCCGUCUGAGCUGAAACUGAAAAACUUUCUGAUGCUUUUCCACUCUGGAGCUUCUUCUUCUUCUUCGUCUUCUUCUUCAUGCACCUCUGAGAAGACUUCCUGUCCCGCCUCCACCAUGAGUGACAUCUACGAGUCCGCCGCCAACUCCCUGGGUUUGUUCAGCAGCCCCUGUCUGACCAAAGUGGAGCUGCGGCUCACCUGCAAGGGGAUCUCGGACCGCGAUGCUCUGUCCAAACCCGACCCCUGCGUGGUCCUCAAGAUGAAGUCCCACGGGCAGUGGAUGGAGGUGGAUCGAACGGAGGUGAUUCGCAGCUGUGUAAACCCCACCUACUCCAAGGUUUUCACUUUGGACUUUUAUUUUGAAGAGGUGCAGCGUCUGCGCUUCGAGCUGUACGACAUCAACAGCAACCACAACGGCCUGAGGGAGGCCGACUUCCUGGGAUCAGUGGAGUGCACGCUGGCACAGAUCAUCUCUCAGAGGAAACUGUCCAAAGCUCUGCUCAGACCAGGAGGCACCGUGGGAAAAGCCAUCAUCACGAUCACAGCAGAGGAGCUGACGGGGAAUGACGACUACAUCGAGCUCUCCUUCAGCGCCAGAAAACUGGACGACAAGGACUUUUUCAGUAAAUCCGACCCAUUUCUGGAGAUCUACAGGCUGAAUGACGACGCCACACUGCAGCUGGUCUACAGAACUGAGACUGUCAUGAACAAUCUCAACCCGGUGUGGAAAACCUUCAAAGUUUCUCUCAACUCGCUCUGCAGCGGAGACCACGAGCGCAAGCUGCAGUGCACCGUGUGGGACUGGGACUCGAACGGAAAACACGACUACAUUGGGGAAUUCGAGGCCACGUUCAAAGAGAUGAAAGGAGCCAUCGACGGGAGACAGGUGCAGUGGCCGUGCAUAAAUCCCAAAUACCAGGUGAAGAAGAAGAAUUACAAGAACUCUGGGAUUGUCAUUCUGAACCAGUGCAAGAUCAUCAAGAUGCACUCCUUCCUGGAUUACAUCAUGGGAGGCUGUCAGAUCCAGUUUACAGUAGCCAUCGACUUCACGGCCUCCAACGGAGAUCCUCGUAACAGCUGCUCUCUGCACUACAUCCACCCGUACCAGCCCAACGAGUACCUGAAGGCUCUGGUGGCUGUGGGAGAGAUCUGCCAGGACUAUGACAGUGACAAAAUGUUCCCGGCGUUUGGCUUCGGAGCUCAGAUCCCUCCUGACUACAAGGUCUCCCAUGACUUUGCAGUGAAUUUUAACGAGGAGAACCCGGAGUGUGCAGGUAUCCAGGGUGUGGUGGAGGCCUACCAGGCCUGCCUCCCCAAGCUGCAGCUCUAUGGUCCCACCAACAUUGCCCCCAUCAUCCAGAAGGUGGCCAACUCCGCCUCGCAGGAGGUCCACACCAAAGAGGCCAUGCAAUACUUCAUCCUACUGAUAUUGACGGACGGCGUCAUCACCGACAUGGCCGACACGAGGGAGGCCAUCGUCCAGGCCUCCCACCUCCCUAUGUCUGUCAUCAUCGUCGGGAUUGGGAACGCAGACUUCAGCGACAUGCAGAUGCUAGACGGUGACGACGGGAUCCUGCGAUCGCCCAAAGGAGAGCCCGUCCUCCGGGACAUCGUCCAGUUUGUCCCCUUCCGCAACUUCAAACAUGCGUCUCCAGCUGCUCUGGCUAAGAGCGUGUUGGCAGAGGUGCCCAACCAGGUGGUUGACUACUACAAUAGCAAGGGCAUCAAGCCCAAAGUGCCCAGUGAGUACCAGUCUUCCAGGCAGUUCGGCCCCUGAGCACCGCCUCCACAGCUGCCACCGAACAGCACAACCUCACCUGGAUUGAGAAAAAUGUUUACUGUCUUUUGUUCUUUGUUGACAUGGAUGCUAAAGGUACUACAAGAGUCAGUCUCUACACUGAAUUUUACAUUGGGAUGGAUUUUACAGGUUGGACUUUGCUGGAUUGAUUUAUGGUACAAAGCAGGUAGAAGGCGUUUUAUUUCCUGUCAUCAUUGUUUAAAAAUAGUAGGGAAACGGGUGAAGAAGAUGUUAUUCAGGAUGCUCUCACUGUGCACCAUACAGUGCUUGUUGCACACAGUGGACAUGCUGCCAGUAUGUGGGCUUACAUAGAAAACCAGAAAGCCAGGGGUGUUUUAAAUUCACAUUGUACGUUG